AUUCAGGAGUCGUCCUCGCCGUUCAGUUUCAGACCAGACGAAACCACAAUGCUUAACCCCAUCACUUUAACCCGGAAACCACCACUCCCUUUCAAUGUUCUUGCGUUUUCCGGUAGAAGGGCAAUGUAUAAAGCUAGUUCGAGCAGGGCUCUUUCGUUUGGGUACAAAUAUGUUGGUUCACUGAAUUUUGGUCGUAGCAAUUUGUCGGGGAGAUCCGGAACUGGGUUUGGGCAUCUGGGUCGGGUCUCUUCGGUCUCAGGUGGAAGUUCAGGUGGUUCUGGCGGGUUAGGUGGUUCAGGUGGUGGUGGUGGUUCCGGCGAUGGGGGUGAUGGUGAAGGUAGCGGCGGAAACGGGAAGAAGUGGUCAUUCGUCUCAUGGUACUUGGCUCUUCUCUCAGAUUCUCCUGUUUUGACUAAAGCUGUGACCUCAGCACUUUUGACCCUCAUUGGAGAUGUGAUCUGUCAGCUUACAAUCAAUAAGACCUCAUCACUGGACAAGAAGAGGACACUCACGUUUACCUUGUUGGGCUUAGGACUAGUCGGACCAGCAUUGCAUUUCUGGUAUCUGUAUUUGAGCAAAGUGGUGACAGCUUCCGGAUUAUCAGGCGCAGUUAUACGACUUUUACUGGAUCAGUUUGUUUUUGCUCCUAUUUUUGUUGGAGUUUUCUUAUCAGCAGUUGUGACACUUGAAGGAAAACCAUCAAAUGCCAUACCGAAGCUACAACAGGAGUGGACUGGUGCAGUGCUAGCAAAUUGGCAACUAUGGAUACCAUUUCAGUUUCUUAACUUCAGAUUUGUUCCACAGAACUUCCAGGUACUUGCUUCAAACGUAGUGGCUUUGGCUUGGAAUGUGAUUUUAUCAUUCAAAGCUCACAAAGAAGUUGUCGCAAAGUAGGCAUGUUUCUUACCUAAAAGCCUCAGGUGGUUGUUAUCGGCAGAGUUUUGGGGCAAUGUUCUUGUCUGCUGAUGCAAAUGUUUGGUGUUUCAAAACAAUUAUUUGGGAACCCUGCACUUGACUUUUUUUGUUAGUGUAGAAACUAGAAACAAGCUUUUCUCUAAGCAUCUUAAAUAUUUUCACAUCAUCACGUUUCAAAUGUUUAUUGUUUCCAAAUGUUCUUAAAAUCGUUCAGAGGGUU